UUUUUUUUCAAGUUUCUAUUGAAGAAAUUAAUCAAAGCAACAAUGUUGAAGCUCGUAACAGCGGCGCGGUGUUAUUGAGACUGCGUGUGAUAUUGUGCGAAAUAUUGGCGUUUAGCAAAAUGCGUUUUCCUCCUGUUAUUAACCGGGAAACUUAUUUAUUACAGAUUGUCCUUAGCUGGCUGCAUCCAGUCACAAUGCUACGGCUAGCUGUCUAGCAAUCGCCCCCCAGUGCAGUUGAACGGAGUGGAGCUAGCUGACUGUUAGCCUAAUGUCAGCACUAGCUAGCAACCUGGGCUGACAUUCCGUGACAAGGGGAAAGUGAAGAAAAUAACCCGAGUGAAGGAAAACACUAAGUCAGGAAAUUACACCGCAAGCGUUUGGUUUUGUUCGACGCGUAGCGGCUUUGCACGAUUUGUUUAAAUUGGUUCGGGGAUAUCGGAGGAGUGGGAAUGACGGAUACUCCACCCAGUGAUGGCCCCUCCCAGGGAGCUGAGUUUGAUAUGAUGGGUGCUCUGGACUGGAAGGAUGGUAUUGCCACGCUGCCAGGCAGUGACAUUCGGUUCCGCAUGACAGAGUUUGGGAUUCUUGAGAUUGUCACAGACCUAGAGGUCAAAGGACAGCAGGCAGAGCCUAACUCUGAGACCUUGGACCCAGCGCAGUCUCACACUCCCACCCCUCCACCAGAGGGCCAAUCACAGACUGGCAAAGCCACAGCUCCGGUCAAUCAGAGUCAGCCAGGAUCGUCUCAAGCUAAAGCCCCCGGCCCUGUGCUUCUGUCUUUAGAGGAGGGCCCCAGUACGGAGGGCCCCAGUGUGGAGGUUGGUCCCAGUGUUGAAGUCGGCUCCAGCGCAGACAUGGGCCCGAAUGCGGAGGUGUCAAGGUGCCGGGCUUGCGGUGGCCGUGUUCCCCGAGAUGCCCUCUUUCAGGGCAAAUUCUGUAGCUCCACUUGUGCUCAGCCCUCCAGUGGCAGAUCAUCUCCGGGGGAAGCGAGGGAGAGUCAAGCCGUUGAGGGUGAGAGGCUGGGCAAACGUGUACGCAAAAAGAGGAAGAUCUAUAUGGAUUCUGGUGAUGAAGAGGAAGAAAAUCAAGAGGAACCAGAGGAAAAGGCCAAGACAACCAAAGGCAGAAGAGGUGCCAAAAUUGCCAAACUGGUGUCUGCCCCAGCCAAUAAGAAACGGGCGUGGAGCUGGCCUGCUUACUUGGAGGAGGAGAGAGCCAUUGCUGCUCCUGUUAAACUAUUCAAAGAGCACCAGUCGUUUCCUCAAAGCAGGAACAGUUUUAAGGUGGGAAUGAAGCUGGAGGGGCUGGACCCGUCUCACCCGUCUCUGUUCUGUGUACUCACUGCUGCAGAGAUCCAAGGUUAUAGGGUACGGCUCCACUUUGAUGGUUACCCAGAAUGCUAUGACUUCUGGGCCAAUGCUGACUCGUGGGAUAUGAAACCAGCUGGCUGGUGUGAGAAGAAUGGACAUAAGUUAUUGUUGCCUAAAGGUUGUAAGGAUGGGGAGUUUAAUUGGAGCAUGUAUGUGAAGAACUGCAGGGGUCAGCUGGCCCCAAAACACCUUUUCAAGAGCCUCAACACAUCUGUGACUCCAUCUGGAUUUAGAGCAGGGAUGAAGCUGGAGGCGGUUGACAGGAAGAACCCGUCGUUGAUCUGUGUAGCAACCAUUGCUGCUGUUGUUGACAACCGACUGCUUAUUCAUUUUGACAACUGGGAUGACACAUAUGAUUACUGGUGUGACGCUAGCAGUCCAUACAUCCAUCCUGUGGGGUUCUGUGAAGAGGCUAUGCUAACUCUGACCACUCCAGCUGGUAAGACACAGACCAAGACACAUGUGGAAUAUAAGCAACCCAAGAGCUUUUCAUGGGAGAAAUACCUGGAAGAGACGGGCACACAGGCUGCUCCUGCUCGGGCUUUCAAACCGCGACCUCCUCAUGGCUUCCAGAUUGGGAUGAAAGUGGAAGCUGUCGAUAAGAGGAAUCCCAUGCUCAUCCGUGUUGCAACUAUAGCGGACACAGAGGACCACAGACUAAAGAUUCAUUUUGAUGGCUGGAAUUCAGAGUACGACUAUUGGGUGGAGACAGACUGCCCUGAUCUACACCCUGUAGGGUGGUGUCAGAAAACUGGACACCCACUACAAUACCCUAACGGCUCCAGUGAUUUAUUGACUGCCCCAGGACAAGGAUGUCCUACCCCAGGAUGCAACGGGGUUGGCCACAUCAGAGGACCUCGCUAUGGGACCCACUACACUCAGGUGAGCUGUCCCUACUCAGAGAUGAAUCUGAACAAAGAGGGCUUGCUGCCAGAUCGCCUCAGCGGAGAACGGCCCCUUGCCAUCAGUGGACCCCAUCCUCGCGGGCGACGCCCUGAUUCUCACACAAACACUACGACACAGACCUCCUCAACACCAGUCCAACUGGAAGGAGCUGAGGACUCCCAGAACAGGAAACCUGUGACAGUGGAGGCAGAGCGUGCAGGACGCAACAGCCAGCCGGAACCACCAGGUGGAGCCAGCGAGCAGAGCCACAAUGGAACAAGGCCUAAACGUUUGUUUGUUUCCUUCAGGACUGCUCCAGUUCCCAAAUAUCUGAAAAUGCACUACGUUAAAGAGGAGAUUGGCGAUAGUAAAGCCUCUCCAGAUGCCAUCUCUCUCCAGCAGGCCCUCCACGAGUCUGUGUUCUCCCCCGGCAUCUCUGCCUCCCCCCCCCACCGGGUGGCUCUCUGCUGGGACAAACACUGCCAGCUGCUGCCUGAGGUCCUGGGGCUGACUGCCAAGAGAGUGGCCACUUGGAGCGCUGAGGAGGUGGCCAGUUUUGUCAAAGGACUCCCAGGAUGUAAAGAACAUGCUGCUACAUUUAAAACCGAGCAAAUAGAUGGCGAGGCCUUCCUGCUGCUCACCCAAGCGGACAUUGUCAAGAUCCUGUCAAUCAAGUUAGGACCUGCCCUAAAGAUCUACAACUCCAUCCUCAUGUUGAAGAACGCGGACGAAGAGUGAAACCAGAACCUGCAAGGAAUUACUCGCUCCUUACCGGUUUCCCUUUGCUCCGCUUUCAUCAACAUUCAGCUAAAGACACUUGAUCAAAUCAACCAGAACCGGUUUCAUCUGUCGAGCUCUGCGACAGUGCAGCUACACGAGAGAAAAAGAGCAGAAGCCGUCAUCUAAAAAAAAAAAAAAAAAACGUCCACCCCCCCCUCCUCCUUUUCUCCAACCUCUCUCCAUGAUGGACCGUACUGAUCACCCCUGAGGGAGAGUUUUACAUGAUACCAUGAGGAUUCCUCAACUUAUAUCGUGUUUGUUUACUGAAUCAUAAAAAAAGGAACUGCAGGCACCUUCAAUGCUUCUUAACAUUGUACAGUUUAUGAAUUGGAUUUAGUGUCUUGAUUCUGUUACAUUUCCUGUUUUAUUUGAACUGUAAUGGUGCUUGAGCUCAGAACAGAUGGAACGAGCCUGUUUGUGAUUUGUUGCUUUCACUUGGCAACAAAAAAAAAAGCUGCAUUUUUAGCUGCAAAAUACAAUCGUGAGGUGGCGAGGUUUUUAAAUGUGAAACCCAGUGGAACAGAAGCACUAUGUAGUUCAGCCUUUCUCCUCUAGAUGGAGAAAGUGGGCCACUCCACAGGCCCAAAGGCAGAGAGAGUUUGUUUAAAUUGGAGUUGGCUGAAGCUUAGAUUGAAUGGGGGAUGGUUAAAAGUUUGUGUGUGUGUGUGCAAAUGUGACUAAGUGUGUUUGAGAAAUGAGGAUGUAAUUUCCCACCAGCCCGUGUAUGUUUCUUUUCUGGUCAGAGGAUUGUUUUGUGACAAGCAAGGCUAAGGGCUAAAUGUUUAAAUCAAGGAAACUCGCAGUCUUUUAAGGUGGAAUGAGACAAUGAACCAGCUCUGUUCUUCUCUAUCUGCUUUCUUUUGGGGAAACGGCUCAUGAAUAUGAAUGUUUAAGAGAAAAAAAACACAAAAAAAACAGCUUUUAGUUGUUUUGUUAAUAUUGGUUAUGUUGUUUGGUUCAAAUAAACCUCCAUCAUUCACUUUGUAAAUAAUAUACAGCUACAAAAGGACUGUCCUCGCUCCCUACCAGAGUUAACUCCAGCUUGGUUAUGCAAAGGCUUGACAUCUGUCUACAGGGAAGGACAUUGUGACAGUGGACUGAAAAAUACGAGCCUCAAUUCAUACAUAGAUUUUGAGAAAAAAAACAAAAAAACAUCGUCAGUGUCUUUGUAAAUCAGCGUGUACUUCAGCAAGUUGGAAUGUGUACAUCAGCAACUGUUAAUAUGCAAACAGCUUUUAUUUAUGUAUUCUAAUUUAAGGGGUAAUGGUACGCUGUUUUGGCUCUGAGGUAACUGUGGCUGUUUGAUGGAAUGGGUGAAAAUAAAUGAGAUGCACACUG